AACACAUUGAUAUUCGAACGAAGUAUGCUGUUGAUUUGGUAGAAAAGGACGAGCUCUAUCCAGAAAAGAUUCAUACUUCUUAUCAGCCUGGUGAUUUGCUGACGAAAGUUCUGCCUUUGAAUCGGUGGAGGCUCCUUGGUGAAUUUCUCUUCGGAGACCCCUUACCGGAUAUGCUGCUCUGAGGAUGCUCGCCUGUCAUGCUCUCUGCGCUUCUGUCGGGGACAGUGCUACUCUGUUCCCAUGCCGUCAGUCGCCAAAGUUGUAUGCCCCGUGUGUGAUUGACGGUGAUCCGAGCUCCAGUCUUCGACAAGGAGAUUCAACCGAUCCUGCUGCGGUGGCUUCCAGGCUUUAUCUUCCGUCUUUUCUCCGAUUCAGGGAGGGAUAAAGACAGACACGUCUUCCUCAAGCCUGUGGCUAGCUGCAACCAAGACAUCUGUUCUAGGUUAGUAUCUUAGAAACUCGCUCAUCCUGAUCUAUGGAACCCAUGACGGUAGUGAACGAUGAAAUUGAAUGGCCAAAAAAAAAAAAAUGAAAAAUGAGAAAGAAAUGACGGAUGAGUCGAGAUCGAUAAGUCAUGUGGUUGAAAUGAAAGCGCUGACGUCAAAAAUGAUUGUGCCUUGGCAAAACAAUGAUCCCCGGGGUAGAUAGGAUAGAAAGGGCCCAUAGAUUAGAAACGAGAAAAUUGUGUUCAAAACAAUCAGAGAUCAAUCAAGGAAUUGCAAGAAUUCUGAACCUGAUCUCUGGAGCUUGAUUGGAAUUCUAAAUUCUUGGCAUCAUCAAUGGGUGGAGACGUCUUCAUUCAAUUGCUCAAUGUGCACGCUUCAGAGAGGUCACAUGAUGACCAAUCCCAUCAUGAGGAUCAGGUUGAAGAGGAGGAGGAGCUGUCUGACUUGAAA